GAAGCUUGCGGAGCACGAGGAUGAAGCGCGGGCUUGAGAUAGCGCGCACACGCUCGCGUGCGCCUGUAGACACGCGCAAAGACACAUAGGGACUCACGCGGUGUUGGCAGUAGCAGCAGCAGCAGCAGCAGCAGUAGCAGUAGCAUUAGCACACUUGCUGAUAGGCAGGCAGAAUAAAAGUGAAAAUCGUCGGGGAUAGGAAAAGCAGUGGUGUCAGCGGCGCUGCAUUAUUAGGAUGUGCGCCCGCUAUCCGCAGCCGUCGCUCCGUUUCGCUUUCCGAGGAGAAUCAGUUGCUUCGAGCUUCCUGGCCGCGUCUCUUCGAUCCUCCGGGGCGAGAUCGGAGCGGAUUGCGUCCCACAUCCCUGCACCCGCAGGCAUCACAGGGGAUUGAAAUCAUUGAUAUAAAACAGAGGAAGAGGACAUGACAGGAGGUAAACUGACGGGCACGUUGUAGAUUGACUUCCCUUCUUCAGUUAAUGUACAAGCGUCCGUCUGGAGUAAAAAAUGGUGCAAUGCAACACUUGACAACAUAGCGUGCCGUCUGGACACCGAUGGGUUAACAACGUGCACUUCUAGACACGUUGCACUGUCCUGGAUGGUGGGAUCCUUUAGUACUUCCUCAACACAAACAAAAAGUGGCAGGCAGCCAACCAUUUCCUCUGCACUGGGAGCUUGGUGAUUUCAUUGUAGCUCCAGAUCUACCAUGCGAGGAACUCCAGAGCCAGUUUGCAGUGCCUGUUAUGUAACACGCGGCUAACUGUGGUCACCUUCCCACAACCAAGGAUAUACCCCUUCCACCAUGCAGAGGAGUGGAGCCACGUCGGAUGUGCUGUUUUUUCUACCUGUCCGCAUACCUCCUGAGCGUCUCCUCCUUCCAUCUCUUUGGGUGCUGCUAUCCACAAUUUUGUUGCCACUAUCCGGGGUAAAAGGUUCCACACUCAAUUUCCACACAACGUGCAUUUGCGCCAGCAACAUUGUGAGCUGCAGCAAGAAAGAGCUGACAGUUGUCCCUACAGGUUUGCCCAGUUACACAGCCGUGCUGGACUUAAGCUACAAUAGCAUCACACGUCUCCGGGCCGAGUGGACAGUUAACAAGCUGGAGAAACUGAAAACACUUCUCUUAAACCAUAAUGGGAUGACUUUCAUUUCCACCGAGGCCUUCUCCAAUGUACCCAACGUGCGAUACCUUGACCUCUCUUCCAACAAGCUGCACAUAUUAGAAGAAUGCUUCUUCCAGGACUUGCAGCACCUUGAAGUCCUGCUGCUCUAUGACAAUAUAAUUGCUCAAAUCGAUCGCUCGGCUUUUGAAGGCCUGAAUAAGCUACAAAAACUUUACUUAAGUCGAAAUAAGGUCUCACGUUUUCCCAUGGAGCUGGUUAAAGAGAAGACCCGCUUGCGUGAGCUAACUCUUUUGGAUAUCUCCUCCAACAACAUAAAAACUUUACCUGUGCAUGAGCUCAAGAUGCUGCCUGCCUGGAUCAAAAAUGGUCUGUACUUUCACAACAACCCCUUCACCUGUGACUGUGAGCUGUACAGUUUGCUGGCACACUGGCAUAUAAGAAGGCUCAAUUCCGCAGUGGAUUUCAAAGAUGAGUAUACCUGCAUUUUUCAGAAAAUGACAGUUGGGGUUUUUGAGCUCAGUGAGAAUUACUUGAAUUGCAGCACAGUUAAGGAGACAGACAUUGAGGCUUAUCUGGGUGAUACUUUGACCAUCACUUGUGACACCAAGAACAGAGGCAUGACCAAAAUGUGGACUACUCCAAACAAUGACUCAGUUGCUUUACUUGGGAACAACCACACAUAUGUCAUCACAAACGAUGGUAACUUACAGAUUCGUCCUGUUCGGGCAGAGGAUUCUGGGAUCUACACCUGCUUUGCAGUUAGCGAUACUCUGAAUGAGACUCUCUAUGUCUCUGUAAAGGUUCAUAACUUUACACAACAUGGAGGUCACGAGACACUAAACACUGCCUACACCACCCUGGUGGGAUGCAUUGCAAGUGUUGUCCUGGUCCUCAUCUACCUGUACCUGACCCCAUGUCGCUGCCUUUGUUGCCGGGGUGAUGGGAAGUCAAAAAGCCAAAAGGAGGACAGCAUUCAUUCCUCCAUGCUUAGUGCCACACCCACCCAUGAUCUGCUGACUGGGAAAGCAGGGCUUAGCAGACACGUGGCAUUUAUCGAGCCUUCCAAAAACUUGCAGGGCCAAAAUGGCAAAGUGAAUCCGGCCCUGGUUGAAGAGCAAGAAAGGAAGCGGGAAAAGGACCAGAGGAAAAAGUCAGAUGCUGAGUCCAUUAGCUCGGUGUUUUCAGACACACCUAUUGUGGUGUAAGUUUAAAAAAAAAAUGCACUGAAACUCCAAAUCAGCAGCAGAGCUUUCUACUGUGAGUUGCACACAAUGGAAAUUAAAAAGGUUUCUUUCUUUUUG